CCCUCCCAUUGGACAGCAGCAGCUGAGCACAGGAGGAAGGAGGUGGGGGAGGGAGGUUCUGGGACGGACAUUGAGAUGUCUCACCCCAGCUCUGCUGUGCAGCCCCUGAAGCUGGUUGUGCAACUGCGCAGGGGAGGGGCUCCUCAGUGGGGAGAGAACCCUAGGACUCCUGCAGAACAAGGUUCGUCCAGGCAGCCCCUGCCCCCUUGGGGGCAUGCGUGCGACUGGCUUGGGGCAGCUGGCAUUCCAGUCCUGAUUGCAGGGAGGAGAGGCCUGAUUGGACAGUCCCCCUCUUCAGAAUCAACGGGCGGAACUUGACACCUCGGCUUGGGAGUGGCUGUCCUCUCUCCCUGGCACUUAUAAACUUCAGCCCAGAGGCUCUUGCUCGCUGCACCCCAUCUCCUUGCCCUGGUCAGCCCUCAGGACAUCAGUUUCAGCCCCAGGGUUCUAAUGGCAGCCGAGCCUUUGACAGAGCUGGAGACAGCCAUCGAGACAGUGGUCACCACCUUCUUCACUUUUGCAGGGCGGGAAGGCCGGAAGGGCAGCCUUAGCAUCAAUGAGUUUAAGGAAAUGGUCACCCAGCAGUUGCCGCACUUGCUCAAGGAUGUGGGCUCCUUAGAUGAGAAGAUGAAGAGCUUGGAUGUGAAUCAGGACUCGGAACUCAAGUUCAAUGAGUACUGGAGACUGAUUGGGGAACUGGCCAAGGAAAUCAGAAAGGAGAAGGCCCUGGAGAUCCGGAAGAAGUAAAGCCUGCUGGCCAGGAUGGGGGUGGGUAGGGCAGGGCUGGGCAGGGCCAGGCAGAACCCCACUCCCCCCAAAUAAAGCU